ACUUCCUAUUCCCAGCAGUCCAUUACCCUGGAGCCUGUUGUCUGCUCCUUGGGGCUGGGGGAGCAUCUAGUAUCCAAAGUGCCUCAAUCCCUGCUUCCAAUGAGCCCUCCCCGGCCCUUGCCAGAGAGCAUAAGGGGAUAAAAUACACCCCGUUGCUGCCAGUGGGCGAGCAGGUGAUGGGAACAUGAAUGAAAAUGAGGAGGAGGAUCCUCAGCAGGAAGGUCCCAAGCCAGUGGAAGCCCCUGGGACAUUAUCAGACUUUUUCAUAAGGGAAGCUUUUCCGAGUUCUGACCAGGACAAAGCCUGUGAGAGGCAGGAGAUACGUUCUCCGGAGGAGAGACAGGAAAAACCUAUUCGUUGUGAAAGAGGCUUCAGGAAACGCAAAGGCACCAUUGUUCACCAGAAAACUCUCCUGGGCGAGAAGCCUUACAUCUGUAUUGAAUGUGGACAGAGCUUCAACCGGAGCUCGGACCUCAUCCGCCAUCAGCGGAUCCACACUGGCGAGAAACCCUAUGUGUGCACCGAGUGCGGGAAAAGCUUCAGCCGGCGCUCGCACCUUAUCCAGCACCAGAGAAUCCACACGGGGGAGAGACCCUACCAAUGCAAAGACUGUGGGAAGAGCUUCAGCCAGAGCACGCAUCUCGUGCAGCACCAAAGGAACCACACCGGAGAGAGGCCCUAUGUGUGUGCAAAGUGUGGGAGGAACUUCUACCAGAACUCGGGGCUCAUCAGACAUGCCAACUUCCACACGGGUGAGAAGCCCUACAAAUGCCCUGAGUGUGGGAAAUGCUUCAGUGACAGCUCCAACCUCAUCGCGCACCAGCGGCUGCACACAGGCGAGAAGCCCUACAAAUGCACGGACUGUGACAAAUGCUUCAGUGAAAGCUCCAAGCUGAUCAUCCACCGCCGGACCCACACAGGAGAGAAGCCCUACAUGUGUCCUGAGUGCGGGAAGAGCUUCAGCCAGAGAUCCCACCUUGUCCAGCACCGCAGGACGCACACAGGAGAGAAACCCUACAAGUGCUCCGAGUGUGGGACGAGCUUCAGCGACAACUCCACCCUGAUCCGGCACCGCAGGACGCACACUGGGGAGAAGCCCUUCAAAUGCGCGCAGUGUGGGAAGAGCUUCAGCCGCAACUCGUACUUAGUGUCGCAUCAGAGAGUGCACGUAUGGUAGGGAGCAGCAGUGGCUCGGUCCCUGGGCAAGUAUGGUGCCAUGCAGGCACAUGAAACAUCUGCAGCGAUUGGGAGCGUGGGUGACUGAAUCAAAGAGGAGGGUGGAACACAUGCCUGGGAAGACAGGCAAUGUUUGGGGUCACAGAGUGGUGGGAGCCAAGGAGCUGUGUGCUGGGACAUGGAUCAGUCUGGAAUCUCAGACCUGGCAGGUGAUGAAAUGACAGGGUUAAUUUUCCUGUUUGUUUUGGUGUUUGUUCCUUUUUAAAUUAUUUUAUUUUGAAGUGAAGGUAAAAAUGCCAAGCGGUUAUUUGGCUCUGGGUCACAUCUGCAGCUUAUAAGAUUGUGGCACACAACUUGCAGCCUUCUGGUGACACCUCAGUUUUGCAGAAUUUAAGUUCUCCUCUCUGUACCUAUAUUAAGUUUGUAGCCCUUACAGUUGUGAAGAAUGACUUCAGAAUGUGACCCAACAUAGUGCUAAUAACUGCCUGCAUCUGCAGGCAAAUAAGCGGGAAGCCACUCCAAGAGAUGCUCUGUUCUUCUGUUUAGGGUGCUAACAUUGAAGACUCACCAUGAAACAUUUAAAUUGUAAUAUAUUUGACUGUUUUACUGCUAGUUAUUUUAGCAAAAGUAUCAAGCUCAUGUGUUUAUCCAGCGUGGCUGGAUAUCCUAGAAAUUAGGAAUAGAGAAGACAUAUUAGUUCUGUGAUGUGCUUAUUAUUUCUGUAAUUGGCUCCAUGGCUUCACAAUAUCUCCAGAAGGGUGGAGUACUGGUGAGAGCCAAUGGAGGGUCUGGGGGGCAGGAGAAUAAAGAACUCCUGUGUGUGCUAAAGCUACAGAGCAGAUCCAGGAGUUUGAGCAGUUGCUAGCCAAGAAAGCUUGUAAAAGGCUCAUUCUGUAGCUAGCUCGGCAAAACUUACCACUCUCUAAGGGAUCAGAACUCUUUGGGAGCCUGAAGCCACUUCUGGACUCUCAACAGAUGACAAAAUAUUAUUUUAAUGUAUUUUGAAAUAGUAAACUUUGAGGGGAGCAGGGAACUUGCUUGCAACUCCUGGAGGAGCAGGGACCUUUGUUUCCUGCUGCUCGAGGAAGUGGAGGAACUUUCUGGAGUGAAUGCCUUUCUGUGAAGCUGCAGCGGAUCUGAGGCUUUUGCUUGCAACUGCAAGUAUUUUCCAUGGACAACUUCAGACCAAUGGGUUUUUGGUUUUGACUUCCCAACAAAUGCUCCAGAUAUCUGACUGAGAGAGUCAGACAGAUGCUGGAUGGAUCCAGAAAUUCCAGGUCUCAUUUGCUCGACGUACUUUCAAAGGGCAUAUAUGCUUUUCAAUUUGCAGACUCAAAGAUUAAGCCAAAGUUCAGCUAAAGUUGACUGACUUUUAACGGUCUGCUCUUUUCACAUCCAAAUUUGAUGAAGGAAACGUACUGAACCUUGGUAAAUGCCUGCUGCAUGGCCAAUCUGACAGCACUCUAGAAUUCAGUGAUGGGGACUGCAGUUUGGGGUAGUUCCAGUAAAUGGAACUUUUCUGUUAUAAAUCUGAAUAAAUCAAAACACUGCAGCCAAUUAAUGGACUCAAGCCAGCAACUCCUAAUGCUCAAGACCAACUCAAAGGAAAACCCUGGCAUCAAGAAUUUGGUCUCAGAGACGCAAUGGCACUUUCCUCACUGAAAACUCCUUCCCCUGCAGUCCUCCGAGCAUAUGUUGUCCAUGUGCUUUGUACGGUGCUUUGUACAUUUAACAGUGCUCUCUAAAUUAAAAAUAACCGUGUGCAUUUAUUUCUGAUUAAAAUCUUUAUGUAAACUUAUUUAAAAUUGUAUGCAGAUUCGGUGUGGUCUUAGUGCUCAGGGUCCAUUGCCAGAGCUGCUAAGGUGGUUCACCACUCUUAUGAAGACACUGUAAUCGGUGUCUUUGGAAUUUCCUUUGUGCCCCAUACUGGAUUUAUUUCCCCUGUUCAUUGCCACACAGCUGAAAUCAUUAGCUUCCUCACAUGGGGCUAUGGGUCCUUCCCAUAGUGAUUUAGCUGUCAAAGGGCGAACUGGGCACUGCCAUUUCUUUGCUCAUGUAGCAGUUACAAUAUAUGUUCCUCUUCCAGCAGGACUUUAAUCUCAACCGGGGGCACAGAGCCUCACAAGCAGAAUGCAGGAGAGAGGGGUAUGUGUAAACUUAAGAGGUCACUGAGAGCUGGAAAGCCUGCUCCCAAACUGCUGGAUAUAUGGACUCUUGCAGACAGGAGUGCAGCCUGUCUCUUCCCUAGUAACUUCUUUACAAUUUGUCUCCUCUUUCUGGAUCAUAUUUAGCUACUAUUGGAAAAACCUUGGUAAAUGGUAAAUUUUCUCAUUUAAACAGAAAUUCCAUGGAGAUUGUUUAAAGUUCUGGCCAUACUCCAUCCCAGGUAUUGGUUCCUAUCAGGUGCCCAGGUCCUCCUGUCAGUUUAAUGGUGCUUUUUAGAAUACUCUAGUUUCCUCUUGUGCUACCGGUGCUUAGAAACCACAGUGAUA